UGGCCCCACUCCUCUCCCAAUUAUUGGAAAUAUCCUGCAGUUAGAUGUUAAGGACAUGAGCAAAUCCUUAACCAAUUUCUCAAAAGUCUAUGGCCCUGUGUUCACUGUGUAUUUUGGCCUGAAGCCCAUUGUGGUGUUGCAUGGAUAUGAAGCAGUGAAGGAGGCCCUGAUUGAUCAUGGAGAGGAGUUUUCUGGAAGAGGAAGUUUUCCAUUGGCUGAAAAAGUUAACAAAGGACUUGGAAUCCUUUUCAGCAAUGGAAAGAGAUGGAAGGAGAUCCGGCGUUUCUCCCUCAUGACUCUGCGGAAUUUUGGGAUGGGGAAGAGGAGCAUCGAGGACCGUGUUCAAGAGGAAGCCCUCUGCCUUGUGGAGGAGUUGAGAAAAACCAAUGGUCUGCAAUAAUUUCCCUGCUCUCAUCGAUUAUCUCCCAGGAAGUCAUAAUAAAGUAGCUGAAAAUUUUGCUUACAUUAAAAGUUAUGUAUUGGAGAGAA